AUGUAUUGGCAAAUCAUUCUAACCACACUUGUGCUAUUGGACUUUCUUCAAAUGGCAGAUGCCCAUUGCAUGGUCCAUCAGGUUCCUCCCAGGAACUUUACAUUUCCCUGUAUGCUGCUGAACGAGACAAUUUUAAGCCCUUUCUCUGCUGGAGCUGUAGAGAGCUGGUCUGGCUUGAGGAGAGUGCGUGGAGCAUCUGAAACUGAGCCUCCCUUGCUGAUGGAUGAAGAAAGGUUUCUGUGUUGUCUUUGGAGUGAUAACAACAUCAAUUGCUCUUUGUACAGAGGGAGCAUGCAAACAAGAAAGUUUAUUCCUUCAGAAAUAAGUAUCUCUGCUUCUCAGGAAAUGGAUUCAAAUUGGAACAUUGAAUGUUGGAUUAAAGGCAAGCUGGACCUAUUAGUUUGUAGCCUGCGGUUUUUGAAGUUGUACUUGAGAGCCGACUUGAAGGUUAAUCUUUUAUAUGCUGCAUCAGAACUGUCGCUGGGAGAGGACUCUACAAGCUCCCUGAAGGGGAUGGUCAUGGUUGCUGAGUGCGACUGUCAUGAGUACGAGUGCGAGUGCUGCGUGCCUUCUCCGAGACUCAACCACACGUACAUCAUGUGGCUGAAGGUGACGAUUGGUGUAAUGCCUCUGUGGUCACCUUUGAUGUCAGUCAAGCCCAUAGACAUCGUAAAGCCUGAACCGCCUUUGAACCUGCACCUGGAAAUGACAGAGAAAGGUGAAGUGAGGAUCUGCUGGUCUGACCCUGUGCUGAUGCCGUUCCCACUUCAGUAUGAAGUAAAGAUCUCUGCAAAUUCAGGUCAAAAGGACUGGCAGAUGGUUCAAGUUGCUCUGGAAACCUCACUGGCUGUAGACUAUACAAUAUUUAAUUCUUCAUACCUCGUUCAAGUACGCUGCAGGAAUCAUGAUGGUCCAGGGUUGUGGAGCGAGUGGAGCACACCCUAUAACCUCAGUUUGGGAGCUGAAGUCCUGUACUUCCCUCCCAAGAUACUGACCAGCGUUGGUUCUAAUGCUUCCUUUCAUUGCAUCUAUAAAAACAAAACCAAGAUUGUAGCGUCCAAGAAGGUUGUUUGGUGGCUGAAUUUAGCAGAAGAAAUCCCAGAAAGUCAGUAUACGCUUGUGAAUGAUCGCGUAAGCAAAGUUACUCUUUUCAACUUGAAAGCAACAAAACCUAGAGGAAUUUUCUUCUAUAACGCAUUGUACUGUUGUCAUCAAAAUAGGGAAUGUCAUCAUAGAUACGCUGAAUUAUAUGUAGUAGAUGUGAAUAUCAACAUCACAUGUGAGACAGAUGGGUUCUUAACAAAAAUGACUUGCAGAUGGUCUGCAAACCCAGACACCUUGCUCCUGGGAGGCUCCUUGCAGUUCAGAUACUCCAG